CGAUCUGCACAGUCGUGUCGCAUCCACCGCCGGUUGCGUACCUCGCGAAUCUUCAAAACAUUCUUGUAAUUUACGCUUCUCCCUCUCCCCCCUCCCCGAUAACAAAAGUUCUUUGAAUUUUAAUUAAAUUUAUUUCAAAUAAAAAUACAUUUAAAAUACGAGAUAAGAAGAAUUUUUUCACCGUAAUAAUUUUAAUCGUGAUAAAUAAAAUUGAAAUGAAAAGUAACGGUGAAAGCUGUUCUAUCGUGCGAAUGAAGAAUAAAAACUGAUAAAUAAUUUUUACAGGAAGUGAAGUGCUUUUAAAAAAUUUUUUUCCAAUCAAAAAAAAAAAGAACAAAGAAGAAGUAUACGUACACACUUUUUUUUUUCGCUUCGAUAUUAACUUAAAACACGUGUUGUUCCCGUGUUGUUCCAUCGAUCUUUCUUUUCCUUUCCUUUCUUUUUUUUUUCUUUCUAUUUUUUUCCUUUUCCAACUUUUCUUCUCCGAGAAACCAAGUUUUAACUUCUAACACUUCAGAGUAAUAUUUCAUACAAGUGGAAUCCGCUCUCGAAAAAUCAUGAUUUUCACGAAAUUCAAGCGGAAGCUGAACGCCCCGGAACCCGACCAACUAACUUUCUGAAACUUGUUCCCAACUAUUUUGUUUAUGUGCCAAAUCCAUCGCGAUCCACCAGUGCGUUAAACGCUGUUUACCCUGCUGCGUGGACACCUUCCGUGUGAAAUGUUCUCCAGUUGAGAAAAAAAAAAAAACUAUUACCUUCCAAGUGAAAUAGAUUAGUGCAAGAUUGGGAUGUGAAUAAUUUUUCAACGAGAAAUAUCGAAAUAAUUAUCGGAGACAUUACGCGAUGUUUCUUUUUUAAUUUCCAUAUCCAUCGUUUGUAACGCAAGAACGAUCACGGAACCGUGACCUAGAAAAGUGCGAGAUUCGACUUGCUUGAUAUUCCCCUGUUUAACGUGCUCAUUAAAUCCAACCUCUUUAUUAACGGAGGAAAAAAAAAAAAGAAAAUUAUCGAAAUUUAUUACCCGAACCCACUACACGAAUCUUUUAAAUUUCUAAAAAAAUAUCGUUAAACACAUCUCAGCCACGUUACAAUACACGUGUACUCUAAAUUAUUCUCUCUAAAAUAUAUAUCUAUACAUAUAUAUUUUUCGUCGUGCGUGAAGAAUCGAGUGUAGUGCGGGUGGAUGAUUGGUCCAUUUGUGAGAUCGUCGUAACGAACAGCUUCGUAAUAAUCGGUUCGCCAUGAAACCGGUGACAAAGGUUGGCCGGCGACGUUCAUCAGCGGCACAUCUGCGAAACCAGAGUUGCAUCAAUUAGGAGCCGUUCGACGAGCAAUCAUGAUUCGAUCUAUCUGCAUCAGUUACGCCUUAAUCCGGUAAAAGGAAGGGUGGACGAUCAUUAAAUCUCUCUCUCUCUCUCUAUCUCUCUAUCUCUUCGCAUAUGGUGGUGGGCCGAGAGACGUGCCUGAACCAUCCUACCCCAAUCUACUUCCUUUGGAACGAAGCACCACGAAAGGGAAGAAAGAUUUAUAAAAGAAAGGAUAUAAUAAGAAUAAUUUUUCCACGAGGAUCAUGAAUAUCGAGGAACACAUUUCCUGGAACGAUCUUCCAAACAAUUCUCACUCGUGAACGAGCGUGAAGAUGCUCCUGUCGAGGACGAGGACGAAACUUGAAGCGGAGCUUGAAAAGUCGAGAAUGAAAAACUCGUGAAAAUUUGAUAUGAUUCGGACGAGGGGGAAAUCGAUGGGCGAGGAAGAAGCGUGAGGAGGAAGAAAGAGGAGAGACUAGUUUCCGGCGAAGGGAAGGAAGGAAUCACAAGUUAGGGCGAUCACGCACGAUGCUUCAAGAGAUGGAGAUCACUUCGGAGAGGGUGAUCAAAAAUCUGACCAACGUCUCGAACUCGAUGAACAACAACGAAACACUGAGGUACAACGAGGAGUUCGAUUACACGUUCGAUCGCGACCAAGUGGAGAAGAUAGUGGUGGUGGUCGUCCCGAUAUUUUUCGGCAUGAUAGGUAUAUUGGGGCUGGUCGGGAAUUCGUUGGUGGUGAUCGUGGUAGCGGCCAACCCGACCAUGAGAUCGACCACGAACAUCUUGAUCAUCAAUCUGGCCGUGGCCGAUCUCUUGUUCGUCAUCCUUUGCAUACCGUUCACAGCCACCGAUUUCGUGCUACCGUUCUGGCCUUUCGGCAAUUUUUGGUGCAAAAUGGUCCAGUACCUCAUCAUCGUCACUGCCUACGCCAGUGUUUAUACUUUAGUCCUCAUGAGCCUUGAUAGAUACUUGGCCGUGGUUCAUCCUAUUUCCUCGAUGUCGUGGAGGACCGAGAACCACGCGAUCAUCGCCAUUUGCAUCGCUUGGGCGAUGAUAUUCGCGAUAUCAACUCCCGCAUUCUUCGUCCACGGCGAGUUUCAGGACAUGGAUGGCUCGUCGUCGGAGAACCUGACGGCUUGUCGAAUCCUACCGCAAUAUAAUUGGCCGUUAUUCCAGAUGUCGUUUUUCCUGAUGAGCUACCUGCUGCCACUGAUGCUGAUAUGCUUCUUUUACAUUUGCAUGCUCAUCAGGCUCUGGCGCACCGAUCGCGUCAGUGCCGAAAGCCGUCGUGGAAGAAAACGAGUCACGAGGCUGGUCUUCGUCGUCGUUGGCGUUUUCGCCUUUUGUUGGUGCCCUAUACAGGUGAUACUAGUGACGAAAUCGUUGGACGUGUAUCCAUUGACAUCAGCGACGAUAAUGGUGCAAAUAGCGAGCCACAUUUUGGCAUACACGAACAGCUGUGUCAAUCCUAUCCUUUACGCCUUCCUCAGCGACAGUUUUCGAAAAGCUUUUCGAAAAAUUAUUUACUGCAGACCUCGAUCGGAGCAAAACAGACAAUUGGGACCAUUGACGAAGACUACGAGAGCUGCCAGUACCGGUGACAUCAUUUAGGUCACAAAUACUCCGACGCAGGAUUCGUCCAGUUAACAAGCACUGAUUGCGCCGAUUUUACGUCUAAAUUAGAGUGUAUUCGCCGGGUAUUCGAUAUUCGUUGUAACACGGAACAGUUAUCAUGUGAACUCGAGCGUGCAUUUGUGCCGUUUAACCGUGACAAAUUCGUUUUACGAAACAAUUUAUACCGAGAUAUAUAUAUCUUUGAUUUUCCUAAUUAAACGAAUCUCGAAUUUUUGCUCGAUUUUUGGAGCGAAGCCCAUCUCUGAUCGAGAUUAAUCCAUCGGAUCGUAAUUAAGCGUCUUUUCUCGCUUGCGUGUGCGUGCGUUUGCGUGUGUGCGUGUCGAAAGGUAAUAAAAAAAAAAGAAAAAAGAAAAAAAAAAGCAUUUUAUACGUGUAAAACCUCUAUCGUGUAAUACGUGAGAUUUACAUCCGUGAAUAAAAAUUGUGUACAUAUAUAUAUAUAUAUA